CAUGCGUCAUAUUACGUCUCGCUGUGACGUUGCUACCGGCGAGAUGUUACUUAAGCAACUUUUAUAACUCACCGCUGAGAAGUCAUAGGAUCUCGAGAAAACUCACCGUGAGAAUUAAGAAAACAAAUGGCUCUCAGAGGUGCUGUCACCCGUCUGCUCUGCAACAGCCCGAAAUGUGCUGCUGUUGCUGCUUCCAGAGCCCAGGGCACAGCUGCAACAGCAAUCAAAGAUGUUGAAGAAAUCAAAAAACCGGCGAAAGCACCCAAGGUGGCGUUUGACUGGCGGGACGCUCUGAAUAUUGAGAGUCAGCUUACAGAGGAGGAGAUCAUGAUCCGAGACACCUUCCGUGAUUACUGCCAGGAAAAGCUCAUGCCCCGCAUCGUCAUGGCCAACAGACAUGAACAUUUUCACCGUGAAAUUGUCUCAGAGAUGGGAGAGUUGGGCGUCUUAGGCCCAACUAUUAAAGGGUACGGCUGUGCAGGAACGAGUUAUGUGGCGUACGGCUUGAUAGCCAGAGAGGUGGAGAGAGUGGACAGCGCGUAUCGAUCGGUCAUGAGUGUCCAGUCUUCCCUGGUCAUGCACCCGAUCUAUGCUUACGGCACGGACGCCCAGAAGGAGAAGUACCUGCCCCGACUCGCUCGUGGAGAAAUCCUUGGAUGCUUUGGCUUGACAGAGCCCAACCACGGCAGUGAUCCCAGCAGCAUGGAGACCAAGGCCAAAUACAACCCCUCCAGUGGUACCUUCAGCGUCAGCGGAGCCAAGACCUGGAUUACAAACUCCCCCGAGGCAGACAUCGCAGUUGUGUGGGCCAAGUGUGAAGAUGACAAGAUUCGGGGUUUCAUUCUGGAGCGUGGAAUGAAGGGUUUUGCCACCCCCAAGAUUGAAGGAAAGUUCUCGCUGAGGGCGUCUGCAACCGGCAUGAUCCUGAUGGAUGAGGUGGAGGUUCCCCAGGAGAACCUGCUGCCAAAUGUCUCCGGUCUGGCUGGUCCCUUUGGCUGUCUGAACAACGCUCGGUACGGCAUUGCAUGGGGAGCUCUGGGAGCUGCUGAAUUCUGCUUCCACGCUGCCCGACAGUACACUCUGGACAGAAUCCAGUUCGGGGUGCCACUGGCCAGGAACCAGCUGAUGCAGAAGAAAAUGGCUGACAUGCUGACAGAGAUCACCAUUGGGCUGCAGUCAUGUCUGACCCUUGGAAGACUUAUUGAUGACAAGAAAGCGGCACCAGAUAUGAUCUCCAUGCUGAAGAGGAAUAGCUGUGGCAAGGCUUUGGAUAUUGCCAGACAAGCCAGAGACAUGCUUGGAGGAAACGGCAUCUCAGAUGAGUACCACAUCAUCCGUCACGUCAUGAACCUGGAAGCAGUCAACACAUACGAGGGAACUCAUGACAUUCAUGCCUUGAUCCUGGGCAGAGCCAUCACUGGACUGCAGUCGUUUUCUGUUGAAAAGUAAAAUGUUGAAAUGGAAUGAUCUGGAUUUAUACUGUGCUUCCUGUUUCUCAUCUGGUAAACCCAUAUGAGUAAAACAUAAAUCCUGGUGCAUGUUAAGUUGCGGCAAUAUGAGUUUUUGUGACAAUUAAAUAUGUAAAUAAAUGGCUUUAAAUUAAUGGUAAGAUGUGACUGUAGCUGUGAUUCAGAAUGUAAAAAUAUCUUAAUAGACAUUAAUAGGUCAAUUGAUAAUUGUGUUCUGCUGUCAUUUUACAUUAUCAUGUUAGUAACUUAUGAUUAAAGAUCACACUAUCUUUGCUGACUUAUUUAAGAUAUGGUGCAAACAUCUAAGAACAAAAA